AUGCCAUUGGAGAUGGAGCCCAAAGCCAAUAACCUCAUUUAUGGGUGUCAGCGGAGCUCAACCUCUGACGAUGACUCUGGCUGUGCCUUGGAGGAAUAUGCCUGGGUCCCCCCAGGCCUCAGACCAGAGCAGGUCCAGCUGUAUUUUGCCUGCUUGCCAGAGGAGAAGGUCCCUUAUGUUAACAGCCCUGGAGAGAAACACCGGAUUAAACAACUUCUCUAUCAGCUGCCACCCCACGAUAACGAGGUGAGAUACUGCCAGUCAUUAAGUGAAGAGGAAAAGAAGGAGCUGCAGAUGUUCAGUUCUCAACGCAAAAAGGAGGCACUGGGACGAGGCACUAUUAAACUACUCUCCAGAGCAGUGAUGCAUGCCAUUUGUGAGCAGUGCGGUACAAAAGUAAAUGGUGGUGAAGUUGCAGUUUUUGCCUCGAGAGCUGGGCCUGGUGUGUGCUGGCAUCCCUCCUGUUUUGUGUGCUUCACAUGCAAUGAGCUUCUUGUUGACCUUAUCUACUUCUACCAAGAUGGAAAAAUUCACUGUGGCAGGCACCAUGCCGAACUUCUCAAACCUCGAUGUUCAGCCUGCGAUGAGAUAAUUUUUGCUGAUGAAUGUACAGAAGCUGAAGGUCGCCACUGGCACAUGAAACACUUCUGUUGCCUCGAGUGUGAAACAAUCCUGGGUGGACAGAGGUACAUCAUGAAGGAUGGGCGGCCGUUCUGCUGUAACUGUUUUGAAUCUCUCUAUGCAGAAUACUGUGAGACCUGUGGGGAACACAUUGGUGUUGACCAUGCUCAGAUGACCUAUGAUGGACAGCACUGGCAUGCCACAGAAACUUGCUUUUCUUGUGCGCAGUGCAAGACCUCUUUGCUUGGCUGCCCUUUCCUUCCAAAGCAAGGGCAGAUUUACUGUUCAAAGACCUGCAGCCUGGGAGAGGAUGUUCAUGCCUCCGACUCCUCUGAUUCUGCAUUUCAGUCUGCUCGAUCCAGAGAUUCCAGGAGGAGUGUCCGCAUGGGAAAAAGCAGCCGGUCAGCUGACCAGUGCCGCCAGUCUCUCCUCCUGUCACCAGCCCUCAACUACAAAUUUCCUGGCCUUUCAGACAAUGCUGAUGACACUCUUUCUCGUAAGCUGGAUGAUUUAAGCCUUUCAAGAGAAGAGGCAGGCUUUGUUAAUGAAGACUUCUGGAAAGGAAGAGUAGAGCAAGAAAUGCCUGAAGACCCUGAAGAAUGGGCUGAACAUGAAGACUACAUGACUCAACUUCUUCUGAAGUUUGGUGAUAAAAGCCUCUUCCAGCAACCCACUGAAGUAGAUAUUAGAUCAAGUGAACACUGGAUUUCUGAUAGCAUGGUCAAGAGCAAGUUGGACUUGAAAAAAAAUAAUCCAAGCCUAGCAAGUAAGAAGUAUCAAUCGGACAUGUACUGGGCCCAGUCACAAGAUGGUUUGGGAGACUCUGCAUAUGGCAGCCACCCAGGCCCUGCCAGCAGCAGGAAAAUCCAGGAGCUAGACCUGGAACAUGGGGCCUCAGGAUACAAACAUGACCAAACACCAUGGUAUGGAGGUUCACUUGAAUGUCUGUCUGACCUGAAACAGCAAGAACAAAGUGUUCGAGACUCAAUGGAUUCCUUGGCUUUGUCUAACAUAACAGGGGCUUCAAUGGAUGGAGAAGGCAAGCCACGGACUACUCUCUACUCUUUGCAAACUUUCCAAGAACUGGAGGUGGAAGACUGUGAGAAGAUGAGCAAUAUGGGAACUCUGAAUUCUUCAAUGCUCCAUCGGAGCACUGAGUCCUUGAAGAGUCUGAGCUCAGAGUUGUGUCAGGAAAAAGUGUUGCCAGAGGAAAAGCCAGUGCAUGUGCCUGUACUGAGACGAUCUAAAUCCCAGUCUAGACCGCAGCAAGUGAAGUUUUCAGAUGAUGUUAUUGAUAAUGGAAGUUAUGAGAAUCUUGAAAUACGUCAGCCUCCAAUGAGUGAAAGGACUCGCAGGCGUGUUUACCAUUUUGAAGAGCGUGGAAAUCGGCCUUCUCACCAUCGCAGAAGAAGUAGGAAGUCUCGUUCAGAUAAUGCACUUAAUCUGGCCACAGAAAGAAGAUGCUCUCCAAGAGAGAGAUUUCGUUAUUACUCCCCUCAGGAUCAUGAAAAAUUUAUUCAGAAUAGAAGCUCACGCGAGCUUCGGGCCUAUAUUCAAAAUGCAGAGCUGUAUGGACAAUAUGCCCAUACCAGGUCUGACUAUGCACUGCGGAAUCAGGUGGUUGAUAAGUUUUUUGGAUUGUAUGGUGAGGAAGAUGACUCCUGGUGUUCAACUUCAUCUUCAUCAUCCGAUUCUGAAGAGGAAGGAUAUUUUCUAGGACAGCCAAUUCCACAGCCACGGUCAUUGAGAUAUCCAUACUAUACAGAUGAUCUUUCUGGUCCAACUACUGCAUUAUCUAGUUCUCAGUUUGGACAGAGGACAACCAAAUCAAAGAAGAAGAGGGGUCACAAAGGAAAAAAUUGCAUUAUAUCUUAA